AUGAUGUUUUCUAAAAAAGCAUCACUAGUUACAGUUAGUUCUCUUUUGAAGUUGUGCAAUGGAUGUUGUUCACGCCAUGUUGUGAACUGUAUCAAAGGCUGCAAUACGUCUAGGGCUAUUUGCACUGCUACUGAAAGGUCGGAUUUCCAAUUUUCUGGUGGUUACGAUUCUUUGCAUUAUCAACAAAAUCUUGGAGGGUUGUAUAACCUAUGGGAAAGUGGAUCUUAUCGGGAUAAACUUGCUAGUUCAGGUAGUUUGUAUAACGGCACACUUGAGGAACUAGAUAGUUUUUGCAGGGAUGGUAAAGUGAAGGAAGCAGUUGAAAAUUUGCAAAAGUUGGAAAAGCUUCAUAUUCAUGUGGAUUUGCAGCGUUGUUUGCAAUUAAUGCGCAUUUGUGGGAAGGCUAAGUCUCUUGAGGAGGCAAGAGUUGUACACAGACAUGCUUUGCAACAUUUGCAUCCUCUUACGGUUAGCACAGACAAUAGAGUAUUGGAGAUGUAUUUUGAAUGUGGUUCUCUAGAUGAUGCAAUCGACGUGUUCAAGAGCAUGCCUGAGUACGAUUUGACUACUUGGCAUACUAUGAUAAUGCAACUCGUCAAGAAUGGUUUUGCAGAAGAUUCAAUUGAUAUAUUUACUCAAUUUAAAAACAUGGGACUAAAACCUGAUGGCCAAAUGUUUAUUGGAGUUUUUGGUGCAUGUAGUAUGUUGGGAGAUAUUAGUGAGGGAAUGCUGCACUUUGAAUCCAUGAGCAAAGACUAUGGCAUUGUACCAACAAUGGCCCAUUAUGUCAGUCUAGUAGAGAUGAUUGCUAGUAUUGGGCAUCUUGAUGAAGCCUUGGAGUUCAUUGAAAAGAUGCCAAUGGAACCAAAUGUAGAGGUAUGGAAGACUUUGAUGAAUAGUUGCAGAGUUCAUGGAAACACUGAGUUGGGGGGUUGUGCUGAACUAGUUGAGAAGUUGGAUCCUUCUUGUUUGAAUGAGAAAGCUAAAGCUGGCCUUUUACUUGGAGAAAAUUCAGACUUAAUAAAAAAGAAUGAGCAGAACAAAUUAACGAUAAAUCCAAAAGGUCAGAGUCGAGUCCAUGAAUUUCGAAAUGGAGAUACGUCCGAUCCAAAAAGUGAUAAGAUUUAUACUUUGCUUAGAGGUUUGAGAGAGCAAAUGAAAGAAGAUGGCUAUAUUGCAGAGACGAGAUAUGCGUUGCAUGACAUAGACGAGGAAGGCAAAGAAGAUGUUCUCCUUGCCCACAGUGAGAGACUUGCUGUUGCUAAAGGUCUCUUUAGCAGUCCUGCUCGUUCAACUAUUAGAGUAAUUAAGAAUUUUCGUAUUUGUCCUGAUUGUCAUACUGCACUGAAGAUUAUUUCUAAGAUCGUGGGAAGAGAACUCAUCAUCCAAGCUAAAAGGUGCCACCAUUUUAAAAAUGGGCUAUGCUCUUGCAAGGAUUAUUUUUGA